AUGUCCUCUACUACUACAAGAGCAUCUGCAAAUGACAACGCUUCAUCAUCGACAUAUCGUGUGAACUAUUCGGAAUAUGUGGCUGAUAUAACGGGUAGCCCAAAAGCACUACGUAAACUACCAACAGGAGGUAUUGGCCAUCAUAUCAGUCCAAUACAUAAUCCUCAUCCAACUCGUUCGAAUCAAUCUGCACAACAACAGCAAACAGGUACAGCAAUGCCUCAUUAUGGUGGUGGCGCAGAGAAAUGUGCGCGAUGUUCCAAAAGUGUUUAUUUAGCGGAGAAGAAAGUCGGAGCUGGUCGAUCGUUCCAUACGAGCUGUUUUAAUUGUUAUUCAUGUAAAAGAAAGUUAGAUACUGCACAUUUGUCCGAGCAUAAAGGUGAAAUUUAUUGUAAAUCAUGUUAUACAAAACAAUUUGGUGCACAUGGUUUAAUCAGUGGUGUAACGAUGUCGACAGAGCAGACAUCAAGCUAUGGCCGUCGUCCAUCCUAUGGUAAUGAUCUUGAUCGAUCAACAGAAACAUUUCAACAAUUGCGACAAAGAAGCAAUUCAAGUGAAAAUGUAUUCCAAGGUGAUUUUAAUUCUACACGAACGAAUCAACGAAAGAAUUCAGUUGAAAAUCUUGCCGAUUCCAAAUAUCGACGAUCGCCGAGUCCAACGGCAGUUCAAAUACCUGUGGAAUACAAAACCAAUCAACCGCAGCGAUCAAACUCAAAAGAUGAAACCGACCGGAAAAAUUAUUCCUUUGAAGGUGAAAGAUUGUCAUAUGGUAAAACUAGCACAUCGGCUCUGGUGGAUAUACCUGUUGUUGUCCAAUCGAAGCGAUCGGACUCAGUCAUUGAUCGUAUAGAACUGCCGGCUAACCCGACGCUAGAUCGUCAACGAAGUCGAAGCCCAUCAAUAACAUCGAACGACUCCUAUCAACGACAAAGCAACCUUGCAGAUGAUUACUCCCGUUUACACAUUACUGAAGAUGUAAGCAAUCGAAAAAUUCCCACUGAUAGACCAUUGAACGCGAUUACAACUGACAAUCCGCUCUCCACUCGAAAUUAUAGUUAUCAUUCGUCGUCAACAUCAUCCUACGAAACAAAAUAUCGCAGUUCAGACUCGAAUACGAACAAUAACUAUGAACGUGAACAACGCUCACGUGAUUCAUCACCCAUCGGUGGAUAUAUCUCGUCAUCGUCAACUGCAACCACGCGCACUCAACGAACGGUUGAUAGUUCAAGAGGUUCAACAUCAGGUUACGUACCACAGCAUGACUAUCUGAAUACACAAACAUCAACAAAUUCGAGUGAACGACGUCCGCCAUCUCCAAUCAAUGACACUCGGCCAAUGUCCGGUCUUGAAGAGUUUAUAUCAAAAACGAAUAUCGCACCAAGCGGAUCUUCAACAGGCAGUCAAUUUUCAGCUUUAGGCGCUUUGCUUCCGAACGCUCGUCGUCGAAAUGAUGACUACGACGAUUUCGAGGAUUGA